AUGCAAGCGCCGGCGGCGGCGGAGCGCAACAAGGGCCCGAUCCUGGAGGUACUGCGGCGGUACGUGGGAUCCGGCACCCACGCGGGAUCCGGCGUCUUGAGGGUGCUAGAGGUGGGGGCGGGUGCGGGACUCCACGCCGCGCACUUUGCCCGGGCGCUGCCGCAGACCCGCUGGCAGCCCUCCGACAUCGAGCCCCGGGCGCUGCGCAGCAUCGCUGCCUAUGCGGAGGCCAUGCAGGUGCCCAACAUGCUGCCCCCCAUCCUGCUGGACGUCUCGCAGGGCUGGGAGACGUGGGGGGGCACCCAACCCGCCACCCUCGACCUCCUCGUCAGCAUCAACAUGAUGCACAUCGCGGAGCUGCGUUGCACCGAGGGCCUGUUCAAGGGUGCUGGGGUGCUGCUGAAGCCUGGAGGAGUGCUCUUCACCUACGGGCCCUACGCCGUGGAUGGCCGGAUCAGCCCCCAGAGCAACGUGGAUUUCGACCGCAGUCUGAGGCAGAGCAAUCCCGCCUGGGGUCUUCGGGACACGGCACUGCUGCGGCAGCUGGCCGAGGCCAACGGGCUGCGUCUGGAGAGGAUGGUGGACAUGCCAGCCAACAACAAGAGUCUCAUCUUCCGCAAGCAGUAA